AUGGUGAGAGUCAGUGUAUUGAACGAUGCUCUAAAGAGUAUGUACAAUGCUGAGAAAAGAGGAAAGCGCCAAGUCAUGAUAAGGCCAUCAUCCAAAGUCAUUAUCAAGUUCCUUAUUGUUAUGCAGAAGCAUGGAUAUAUUGGGGAGUUUGAGUAUGUUGAUGAUCACAGAUCUGGAAAGAUUGUUGUUGAGUUGAAUGGCAGGUUGAACAAAUGUGGGGUUAUUAGUCCUCGUUUUGAUGUUGGGGUCAAGGAGAUUGAAGGUUGGACUGCCAGACUUCUCCCAUCUAGACAGUUUGGUUACAUUGUUUUGACCACUUCUGCUGGCAUUAUGGAUCACGAAGAGGCUAGGAGAAAGAAUGUUGGUGGUAAGGUCCUUGGUUUCUUCUACUGA